AGCCCCUGCCCCUCCUCUCUUAAAAUUUCUUUUUAUAAUCAAAACCGUGUUUCAAGUUUUAAAUCUCAAAUCUUACUCUCAAUAAAAACCAAACACCUCUCACUCCCUCUUUCCAAAUCUUUUCUCGACAAAAAAAUUAUGCCUCCUAAAUCGCCUCUAUUCUUUCCUUUCCUCUUACUCCUACUUACUCUCUUAACCAUCGCCACCAAUGCCACUCAACAUUUCAAAGAAGCUCCCCAGUUCUACAAUUCCCCGGACUGUCCUUCCCUUUUUUGUGAUGACGAAGAUACUGAAACCACCGUUUUCUGCUCCGAUCAAGCCAUCCACGUCGCUAUGACCCUUGAUUCUACCUACAUUCGUGGUUCCAUGGCAGCUGUUCUUUCUGUCCUCCAACACUCCUCUUGUCCCCAAAAUAUUGCCUUCCAUUUUGUUGCUUCUGCCUCUGCCAACACCUCACUUCUACGUGCCACCAUCUCCUCUUCCUUCCCUUAUUUAAAUUUCCGGGUUUAUUCAUUUGAUGACUCCGCCGUCUCUGGACUCAUUUCUACAUCAAUUCGUUCAGCUCUCGAUUGCCCUCUAAACUACGCUCGCAGUUAUUUAGCCAAUAUUUUACCUUUAUGCGUAAGACGAGUUGUUUACCUUGACUCGGAUUUAGUCCUGGUGGAUGAUAUAGCCAAACUUGCAGCCACUGAUCUUGGUAAAAAUUCAGUGCUUGCUGCUCCAGAAUAUUGUAAUGCCAAUUUCACUUUAUAUUUUACACCGUCCUUUUGGUCUAAUCCCUCCCUGUCUCUAACUUUCGCAAACCGUAAAGCUUGUUAUUUUAACACUGGUGUAAUGGUGAUCGAUCUUGAUCGGUGGAGAGGAGGUGAUUAUACGACCAAGAUUGAAGAAUGGAUGGAGCUACAAAAGAGAAUGAGAAUAUACGAAUUGGGUUCAUUGCCUCCAUUCUUGCUAGUAUUUGCAGGGAAUAUAGUGCCAGUUGAUCAUAGAUGGAAUCAACAUGGACUUGGUGGGGAUAAUUUUAGAGGGCUUUGCAGGGAUUUACAUCCGGGUCCUGUUAGUCUUUUACACUGGAGUGGUAAAGGUAAGCCAUGGGCUAGGCUCGAUGCUAACCGCCCCUGCCCCUUGGAUGCUCUGUGGGCUCCUUAUGAUCUCCUACAGACUCCAUUUGCUUUGGAUUCUUGAGAAAAAAAUAAUUUCAAUAGUCAAGUUAUGUUUCUCA